AUGCCUGAACAGCACCUUUCUGCCAACAGUGCCACCCUCGAUGGCAGCCCUAGAGCCUGGGAUUGGACCCUGCACUUGCUGCAGGAGUCUCUGUCCUGGUUCCAAUCAGCACAGGAACAUCCAGAGGAGACGGCGGUGUUCCUCAAGGCGACGACGGGAGCAGAAGGCGGACAGGAGCAGGGCUCACAGAGAGAGGACCAGCACCUGGCGGAGACAGCGGCGUUCCUGGACAGGGACUCAGCGCUGACAGCCGCCAUGUGCGACAGGGAGCAGGAGGGCACUGAUGGCAGGGAGCAAGCAUGCCUGCUGUGUCGCCGUGCAGAGGCUGACCCGGACACCUGCGGCGAAAAACGGGAGAAAUACGGGCUCUAUGCCCACGUGUUCUGCCUGUAUUUUGCCACACUGCUUUUUCAGCAAGCCAAGAAACGUGUUGGACUCCUGGGUUUUCUGCCUCAAGAUAUCCAACUUGCAGUCAGGCGGGCGGCACAGAAGCACUGCUGCGUCUGUGGCCAGAGCGGGGCCACCAUCAUGUGCUGCAGGGAAGACUGCGACAGAUGGUUCCACCUGCCCUGUGCCAAGGAGGGCGGCUGUGUUACACAGUACAUUGUUCCAUUCAGGUCCUUCUGCCCUGAGCACCGUCCAGAGCAGGACGUGCAGGUGACUCCAGAGCCGGGCACCAAAUGCCCCAUCUGCAUGGAGCCAGUGGAGGAUAGAAAGACCUUCAACACCAUAGUGUGCCCGGCAUGCAAAAGAGCCUGGUUCCACAGGGACUGCCUGCAGGGACAGGCCAUGUGUGCUGGUCUUUUGUACUUCUGCUGCCCCCUCUGCAGAGACCGUGAGACAUUUCUUGUCGAAACCUUCUUUCUGGGGAUCCGAACUCCCACCAGGUUGGUGUCCUUCAGUGUGACUCACAAGACAGGGGGUGUAAGUGCCAUACUGUGCCAGGCCCUGCCCCAGUAG